CUCUCACCGUGAAAGCUUGUCGCGAGUUAGGUAUAUAUUUAAUAAAGAAAUACGGUGGAAGAAGUCACGUAUGAUUCUUUCGUAUCUCGUCAGAGGAGUCAACGAGCCUAAUGCAAAUGCACGAUCAAACGUUUUUUUUUUCUACGAAUUGUUUCUUCACUUAUUCGAUUAUCUCGAGUGUAUCGAAUUAACGAGGACACGAAGGAGGAAGUUGUGUGUUUCCUUUUUCCGACGAUUAUUUAAAUAUCUCGUUGAAUCGUUGAAUUUCUUCAGUUUUCAUUCGUCCUCGUACUUUAGCGGUUCAUAUUGGAAAGAUAUUUUAUCUUCUUGGAUCUAUAAGUGACUUAAAAUAUAAUUUGUUUAUAACAAAAUGUGUUGUUUUUUCAUAAGAAUUCAGUUUUUUUCUUUAAUCAACUUCUUAUCAGUCGUAUUAAUUAUCGCUCAGGAUUCUAACGUCGCAUCAUAUUUUCCUAACAAAGAAAAUAAUUCUAAUUUGGAAUUUGCUGGAAAGAUAAUCGACUCGACUUUUCAUCCAGAUUCUACACAGGCCUCUUCGGUUCAUAUUUCUCAGCAACUUUUACCACCGAGUUAUUAUCUUCCUGCAGCAUUGCAGCCACCAAUCGUUCAUCACCGAAGCGAAAGUUUACCUUACGCCUUUGAAUAUCCAAACUUCAGUUAUCCAGUAGUGCAAAAUGUAGAACAAGCGAUAGCACCAACAACUUCUAAACAACUUGUGAUAGUCAGCUUCAUUGGUUUGCUUUUGUUAUUUGCUAUCAUUCAAAAUACAUUAAUUUCGACUAAACGAAAAGAUGCAUUGAUAGAUGUACUUCCAUCGAAACGUAAACGCGACGUACAUUCUACAUACGAUUUUCAUAACAUUACGCCAGAAGAAGAAAUUGUAUUGAAUGAUGAUGCACGUGUACGUUGCAUUCAAAGGACAAUUUGUUUAGAAAAUCAAAGUUUAUUUCACGAUCUUGGAUUGAUUGGAAAAUUACUCGGUAAAUAUUUGACAAGAAACGUUGAAAAAUCAGUUAAAUCGUCAACAGGAUGGGAUCGAUUGAUCGAUGAUGCAAGAUCGGCUGGAAUUAGAGGUGAAAAUUGUGAUCUUUUGUACAGGGACUGCGACAUUCCCAUAAAUUUUCUAUCAUCAAAAGGGGAAAGAAAAAAUUUGACUCUCAAAAGGAAUAACACGUACUACGAAUUCUAAUUAAUAAUAAUCGAUAUUAAAUAAUCGAUUAUUAUAUACGCAAUUAU